UAAUUAGUUUAUCGGAAUCCAAGUUAAAAUUAGACGAAUGGGGUUUUCUUUGUUGGCAUAAGAUCUAAUUAUAUAAAGAAUAAAAAGUCACAGAAAAUCCGCCCCUUUUUCUAUAUUCCUGAUUAUUGAUCAAGAAGCCUCUAUUAACAAGAUAAAAGAUGAAAUUCUUAUUUUCGUGAAAUUAGGCAAAUCAAAAAAAUAUACUCUUCUCGUCAUAUAUAAUGAAAAUCUAUAAAAUAUAGAAUUUUUUCUUUUUUUUAUAUCUUACGAUAAUCCUAUUUUGACUAAGAAUCCCUGAUGGAUGGGAUUCUAACAAACCCUUCAAUAUAUUCAAUAUAAAUAGAAUCUAAUUAAUUUUUAAGAAACUUUUUGCUUAGUAAAUGAAAUUCGAAGACAAGAGCAAAAAAUGAAGAAAAUAAUAUCUCAUCCAUAUCCUUUCAAAUCUUUCAUGUAGAAAGAUCAAAAACUACAUUAUAUACUCACUUAGAUAGAUACUUAUAUUUAUACUUAAUAGCUAUUAAGUAAUAAUAAUAAUUCCAAUUUAGAAUUAUCAAAUUAUAAUAAGAUAUCUUUAUAUAUAAUAAGAUAUCUUUAUAUUAUAAAUAUAAAAUAUAAAUAAUAAUAACAGGUACAAAUAGUAAAUCGAGGUAGCCAUUCUAUGACAACUCUUAACUUUCCCUCUGUUUUGGUGCCUUUAGUAGGCCUAGUAUUUCCGGCAAUCGCAAUGGCUUCUUUAUUUCUUCAUGUUCAAAAAAACAAGAUUGUUUAGAGCCGAUGGCACAAAAUCUCAUCUAUUUUUUUUUUCAAAACUGACGCUUGUAUCAUAACACAGAUAUCUAUUUAGCAAAAUAUGGUAUAAGCGGCUUCCGCCGAAAAACUCUUAUGUCUCCAGAAAAUGCUAUAGGGAUCAAUGGAUUCUAGCUAUUUUCAAAUAGACCCGAAUUGACGGAUAGCUGAACUGUAAAGUUGGUCUAUCUAUUUGGCUAUCUUUAGUGAGAUCGUACGAAGGGUAUGUUAUUAGUUUAGAUCUAACGAAUUUAAUGAAUUACUCCUAAAGGAUCACAUCAAACUAGUGCUAGUUGAUGCGAGUUACUUCGGAAAAAAAAAGGACUAAAGUCAAAUUCAUUUGGGGUAUUCUCUCAAUUCCAAAAAAAUCAACUGGAUCAAGUAUGAGUUGUCGAUCAGAACAUAUAUGGAUAGAACCUAUAACGGGGGCUCGAAAAACAAGUAAUUUCUGCUGGGCUGUUAUCCUUUUUUUAGGUUCAUUAGGAUUCUUGUUGGUUGGAACCUCGAGUUAUCUUGGUAGAAAUUUGAUAUCUUUAUUUCCGUCUCAGGAAAUAGUUUUUUUUCCACAAGGAAUUGUGAUGUCUUUCUACGGAAUCGCGGGUCUUUUUAUUAGCUCCUAUUUAUGGUGCACAAUUUCGUGGAAUGUAGGUAGUGGUUAUGAUCGAUUUGAUAGAAAAGACGGAAUAGUGUGUAUCUUUCGUUGGGGAUUUCCUGGAAAAAAUCGUCGGGUCUUCCUCCAAUUUCUUAUAAAAGAUAUUCAGUCUGUCAGAAUAGAAGUGAAAGAAGGUAUUUAUGCUCGUCGUGUCCUUUAUAUGGAUAUCAGAGGCCAGGGAGCCAUUCCAUUGACUCGUACUGAUGAGAAUUUUACUCCACGGGAAAUGGAACAAAAAGCUGCUGAAUUGGCCUAUUUCUUGCGUGUACCAAUUGAAGUAUUUUAAGAAAUGAGCCGGAAUGCUUUCUCAGCAGGAGGGCAAAAACGCAAGAAUGCUCUUUUUCCAUAACAUAACUUAAUUGAGGUUUCUUCAGAACAUUCAUUCGAGUCAAAGCAGACAUAUAUGGAACAAGUAUAAAAAAAACUAUUUUGGGGAUCUUUUAGAUGUAUCGAUUUAGAUGUAUCGAAAUAUACAUAACUCAAUUCAAUAAAAAAAUAAGAAACAAAUCGAAAUAUCUCAUAA